GUGGGUUACUAAGGAUCCUGCUAACAGCCAAUGACAGUGCCUCCAUUAUUCUAUACGUUUCUUAUGAAUAAAUCCAAGGGGCGGGUCUUUGCCGAGCGCCGCAGAUAUCGAUAAGGCGUAUUUCUCCUCCAUGGAGUGUUUUAUGCCGUAGAAAUGGACAUGCGCUGCCAACGAUAUCUUUUAGAAGCGGCUCACGUAUUUAUUUAAACGGUGCAAUUUGUCCAGCGUGUUCGGAGGGGAUGGGAUCUUGGGAAAUGGGCCGUGCACGGGAACAGCAAGACCGUUAUAACCGCUUCUGCACAAUUAUAUCCACACCGGAUACCGGGAAAUGAACCACGCACUAGCAACGCACUGGAUACCGUCUAUACGAGGAGCUGUCCGCAUAAAUAUAUGAUAUGUUUCAUCUGAUUUGAUUCCUUGCAUUGAUACCAUCGAUAUUCUCUAUGUAUGGCCGUUCUGUCAUCAUGAUAUCGGGUGUGUAAAGGGGCGCGCAUCUCAACAUGACAGCAACGUAUAGAAAAGGAAGGAUACCAAGCGGGAAGACCUGUGGCUAUCCAGGUGACAUUUUAUCAGGGUUGGAUGGCUUGUCUUGAAUAAGAAACAUUUAAAAAUGGAGAGCUCCAGUUCAAGGAUGGUCCUGAGGAGCUCGCGGCGACUGCUCGGAUGUUGCGCGCUUCUGCUCGCCGCUGCCAUGUUGGUGGGCUUCAUGGUGAUGUCCGGCACACCCGUUGCAGCGGAGCUCCCAUCCAACAUGUCCAGAAGGAGCCUCAACCAACUUCCAACAAGAACACGUUCACCUUCUGCCUUAUCUUCAUCAACAUCAUCAUCAUCUCCUCAUCGCUCUGAAAGAACAAGGCGUCCAGCUCACACGCCUCCAGGUGCCAAACAUCCCUCGUCCCCUGGUCGCCAUGACAGUGCCUCCAGCAUAGAUCCCACCCCGUCCCUUGGUUCCGAAGGGUCGGGUAACUUAGGCGACGGGGCCCAGGGCAUCCACCUGCUGUUACGGCCCCCAGACCUUCUAACGCCCAGCCAGAUGCCUCCCCUCCAUGGCGACAGACCGCCGACACCAGCUCCCCCAACCCUGGUGCCACCUGAGGACCAGUAUCCCAUCCACUCCGCGGAGGUGGACUGGGGCUCCGGAGACUACCUUGAAACUCUUACUUUCAUGGGAUCGGAAGGGGAGGAGUUUUCUCUCGUCACCACUCUUCCCACGCAUGGAUAUGAUCCGUAUGAUACGGACGAUGACGCCACGGUCAGCUACAACACAGCUUUCCCCUCUCGUCCAAUCCUCCCCCUCUCGUCCAGAGACCUCCAGCCCAGUGUGACUGUGAAAUAUGGGACUAACUUAAGGACGGCCCAUCCUACUGAUCCUCGCCUCCCAUUGGCUCCUGACUCUGCCCAUGCGAGCGAUAUAGACGAUGAUUUGGAUUUCGAUUGGGCGGAGCUUUUUCCCAUUGAGCCAACUGAAAUGCUGCUUCCCGAUAUGAACAGUUUGGAAUACUACAACACGUUGCAAGCCAAAGAGAAUGCUAGUAUUGCGAGGAAUAGGACGCAUCCUCAUAUUACCCCUACGCACACUGUGGGACCCACCCACACUCCCACUGUAACUUUGGGAAAAGUCCCAGAAUCUAUUCCAUCAGUAAUCCCAACUCCACCCCAAAAAUCUACAAAGCCUCCCAUUCCAUCAACCACCGAGACCCAACAACCUCCUGAAGGGCCAACUAAGGGUAUUCCUUCCAUACCCACAUCCCAUGUGGGCAAAACCCGACCACCAAUGCCAACUGCCCUGUCCCCACCUGGCACCUCAGAGGGUCCAGUCAUCCAAGCCGUAACACUGAAGCCCCCUGCUACAAAACCCCGUACAACCACCAUCAAAACCACCACCAAAGCUACAACUACAACUACAACCACAACUACCAUGAGCACCACCAUGCUGUCCACCAAAAGCCCACCGCCUACAACACCCAGAAUUCCUCUGUCCAUCGCACCCCGACAGUAUGUCUGCAACAUCACUAAACCGGACAUGUACUUAGUCCGAGUGGGCAUGCCAAGUGGGUCAUCGGUAGCGUUUGCCAAAGCUCAUGUGCGAGAAAUCCUUCGACGAGAGUUCAACCGUUCAGUGGAGCUCCAGGUCCUCAAAGCCCCACCUAAUUUCAUCUUCCGGGCAGUUUCCGGUCCACUGGUGUACACUGCUAUCUCUGUUAUUAAUGCUCUCCGCCAAUCAGCGCACAGCACUUCCUCUUCCUCCAUUCUGUCCGUCACAACCAUAUAUGCAGUGCCUGAUUACAAACAUCAGGUCCACACAGUGCUGCAGUUUGUACCGAGUCAUGUGGAUGUGCGUCUGUGUAGCUUCAGUGAGCGUGUGGAAAAGGGGCUUCUCAUGGCGUAUGCGGAAGUACGCAAGCGUUUGCAAGAAAAUGGGAAUUUCACAGUUCAUAUUGUGAAUAUCACUAGUAGCCUUCCUAAGGGUCAGCGGCAACAGAAGGCACCAGUGGACAUCACUUUCGCUGUGCGUGAUUCCCAAGGCUUCCUAACGGGAUCAGAUGUGAGUGGCCACAUGAGGCAGCUCAGCGCUGUGGAGUUUAGCUUCUACCUUGGUUUUCCCACCCUGCAGAUCGCUGAACCUUUUCAUUAUCCUGAACUGAAUGUGUCCCAUCUGUUACGCACAUCCUGGGUGAAAACAGUGUUAUUGGGUGUGUUGGACCAGCGUGUGAAUGAGAGGACGUUCCAGGCCAAAAUGGAGAGGCGACUAGCAUUGCUGGUUGGAGAGGGACUUGGUAUCGGGGUUAGCAGUCGACGAUGGAGAAGAGCUACCAGUGUUGGCAACAACAGUGUACAGAUUGUGCGAACAUCCCGCCUGAAUGGCCCGGACUACCCGCUGGAGCUGGUGUAUUUUGUGGAAGCGGGGUCAGGAGAGAGGCUGCCAGCCCAGGCCACCGCGGCCAUGCUCAACAGACUGAACCUGCAGAGAGCCGCCAUCGUACUAGGCUACAGAGUACAUGGAGUUCUGGCUACGCCGGUGGAGAAGCUGGCCCUGCCACCCUCUGAGACUCAGCCCAGUAACGUGUGGCUGAUCGUAGGAGUUGUGGUCCCAGUUCUUGUGGUCAUCCUCAUCAUCAUCAUCCUCUACUGGAAACUCUGUCGCUCUGAGAAAUUGGAGUUUCAGCCAGACGCCAUGAGCACCAUCCAGCAGAGACAAAAGUUGCAGCCUCCCAGUGUUAAAGGCUUUGAUUUUGCUAAGCUACACCUGGGGCAGCACAGUAAGGAUGACAUCAUGGUAAUCCAAGAACCCGCCCCUUUACCGCCACCUGUUAAAGAGGCCACGCCCUCAGAGGGCGGAGAAUUGAACACGCCUAAAUCGAAGAGCUCAUCUACAAAAGCAUCCCGUGCAGCACGGAGAAGAGGCCGAUUGUCUCCAUCUGAUGGAGAUUCAUUAGGAAGUGAAGCAUCCAGCGGUAGAGAAUCAGCAGAGGAAAGCACUAGACCUGCUGUGACGCCAAGUGACAGCAAACCCCAACAUCGCAAGAGCAAGCAUUCAAAAAACAAACUUGGUGCGCAACCUGGAAGUGGUGUUGAUGAGCAGCUAUCCUCGUCGUCCAUAUUUGAGCACGUGGACCGCCUCUCUCGAGGUUCGUCAGAUGGAACGCGCAGAGUGUCCAAUAAGAUACAGCUCAUCGCCAUGCAGCCCAUGCCAAGCCCUCCCUCCCAUCCACAUAACCAAGCCCUGAGUCCCAACCUGACAGACAAGAUGCCUGAUGGAGCAGUCAAUAGUGAGGAAUACAUUUGUAACCCAUUCUUUCAACUGACGCAGAUCCAAGUGGCCUUGAGGCACAAAUCCGAGAUUGAACACCAUCGCAAUAAGAUCCGCCUGCGUGCCAAGAGAAAGGGCCACUACGAGUUCCCCUCCAUGGAGGACAUCAUGGCAGCGUUUGGCGACACCUCUGAACAACAGCGAGUGUACCAACAAGCUCAGGAACAGAUACACAAGAUCCUGCAUCCUGAAGAACACACACCUUCAUCAUGCGGAGAGCCACGUAAAAGUUCCAAAGGAAGACGCUCUCCCAGACACAGACAAAGACAGAAUUUAAGUGGAAGCGGAAGUCUGAGAGACAAAGAUCGCCUCAUUACCGACGGAGAUGCCACGUACAGGAAGUACCCCGGGGUCAACAAUGUGGCCUAUGUGUCCGAUGCAGAUCAGCUCCCAGAUGCUGGAAGCCCUUCUCCUACUGACGAGGUGUUUUUAGACCCUGGAUCACCGCCGUCAGGGCCCGCCCCUGCCCCGCCCACCUAUGUUCCUCCUCAGCCAACCAUAGAAGAAGCCCGGCAACAGAUGCACUCCUUAUUGGAUGAUGCGUUUGCUCUCGUCUCGCCUUCUUCUCAAGGAAGUCCUGCUCCUCUGACAUUUACUGGUGUUACGGCGGUCACUGGUGUCGGGGGAAUCAGCCCCGGUCAACCCUCCAGUCCGUCCUCACGUCCUGCACGCCAGUGGGGUUCUUCUUCUUACCCAGCAGCCCCUGCACACAGCCCUUUCUCUGCUAGGUAUGCCGAGUUAGGAAUGUCUCCCACAUCGGUCCAGGGUUUACUGCAGAGGCAGGCACAAGGCUCUGGAUAUGUGGUGUCAGCUGAAAUGCAGUCAGAUCCUGGAUACUCCAGCAGGGGGCAGUAUGGAGAAGAGAUGCCAUCAUCUUCUCGGCCACGGCCAGUAGGGGGGAGCACAGGUGCACAGUUGCAUCAGUUGACACAAGUGGGCUUGUCAAGUCGGAUUGGAUUAUAUCCUGGAGUUGGCCGUAGCGUAUCCGGACCUUCAGGAUCAAGCUGGGCCCAGUACCGCUCAGAUGAGGAGAUUUCCAGACCAGGAUCUAACCGAGAGGCUAUACUGACAUUCCCAGAAUACUCUUCUUCACCAGUAUUCCAGAUGCCCAGGACGUCCCUGCAGGAUCCUCCAACACCCCAGGGUCAUCUGGAAGCCUCGAGCGUGGGGUACAUCGCCCCUGAGGAACGUUCUCCACCCCCCCAGUCCUCCGCCUCUCUCAUCAAGGCCAUCAGGGAAGAACUCCAGAGACUUUCUCAGAAACAGGCUGCUGUUGUCAGCUACCAGAGUUGAGAAAGACCAUCCUAAAACCCCAUUCCUGGUUAACUUCCCAAUGAAACCUCACAAAUCCCAACACAGCUCCAUGGCUGAGAAGCUGCUUUACACAAAACCCAAACCAAAAUCUUCAAAUUCAAGUACGGCUGGUCUGUUACAUAUGAAGAAUUAUUUGCAAUCUUCCAUAUUGGCAUUGCCAGGACAUCCACAAUUUAAAUUACACUGCUGACAUGCAGUAAAAAAAACUUAAAUACUCUCUCUUGUCAUUCACAAAGAAAAAAAACUUACCUUAAACAUCACAUCCAGACUGUUUAGAAAAAUAGGCAAAGUUUCCCCAUAUUCAGACUCUCAAUUUGCAUGCUGAGAGCUGUGAACUUUCAAGACUUCGUACUGACUGUUGCUAAUGUGAAAAUCCCUCCCCUUCAGUUCCAUGUCUCUCAAAGUGCUUCCUCCAAAUGGGUCAUCUUCAUGUCUCUGGACUUCCUCUGGUGCUAAACAUCAUUGCUGGGCUCCGCCACGAUACCACAGUUCAGCCCUGCCCAAAAACUGAAGUCUUUUCUUUUGUCGCUUUCCUGUUCUCCCAUUUAUCCAAGAUGGCUUAUCAAGUGGAAACAUGCUUUGUUCCAAAACCUGGUGAGCUGCUCGACACAAAAUCUAUUCUAAAGGUCAGCCAACUUAAUUAUGUUCCCUUUUUAAGAUAUCUUAUUAAGUUUUUGCCAAAUUUUAAGGCAGCAUUGCAUGUAUUCUUAAAGUCUGAAGCAAGACAACCCAUAACAAUACAUUAUGACACUGAAGUGUCAAAUAGCCUGAUGGCAGGGCAGAUAAAAAUUAAUAGUAAAUAUAUGACUUUCAAGUGAUUGGUUACAAUAGGGCGCAUUAAAUACGCAUAACGCGGAAGUUGAACGGAAGGUAAACCUACUGAAAAGUGCACAUCAUUGCCACCUACUGCACAACGCUGGCAUGACAACUGAUGUAAAAUAAGGAUUAGGCUUAGGAUGGUAGAUUAAAAAAUGUUUAAUCAGACCUGAUCCCAAUCAUUGAGAUCAACUCGAGACAUCAGUAAUUUUUAUACUUAUAUGUAUUUUUAUACUUAUUAGAGUAUCACGUUAUUAGCUUAGCAACAUGCUAACAUCAAAUGUUGGAUGGGACAAGAGAAAUGUUGAUUAUAAUGUAAUAUUUCAUUCGAUAACAAUCAUAGAAACUUUAAAUAUAUUAUUUUUCCCAACAUUUGUGAGCUUUAUGUAUUUUUAUACUUAUUUGAGUAUCACGCCAUUAGCUUAGCAACAUGCUAAUGUCAAACCCUGGAAGGUGCAAGAAAAAGGUUGAUUAUAAAGUUAUAUUUCAUUCAGUAAUGUUCAUAAAAACGAAAAAUGUAUUAUUUAACCCUAAAUUUGCAAGUAUUUUUAUACUUAUUAGAGUAUCACACCAUUAGCUUAGCAACAUGCUAAUGUCAAACUUGUUGCGACAAGAAAAAUGUUGAUUAUGAACUGAUAUUUAAUGUCACUAAUGUUCAUAAAACUCCAAAUAUGUUAUUUUCCCAACAUUUGUCAGUUUUUGUUUAUACCUAUUUGAACGUCACUCAGUUAGCUUAGCAACAUGCUAAUGUCAAACUUUGGAUGGGACAAGAGAACUAUUGAUUAUAAAGUUGUAUGGCAUUCACUAGCAUUCAUAAAAACUUAAAAUGCAUCUUUCUACUCAACAUUCACGAGUACUGUGUAUUUUUGAGUAUUUUCUGAGUAUCACGCUUUUAGCUUAGCAAAAUGCUAAUGUCAAACUCGAAACAGGGCAGGAAAAAUGUCGAUUAUAAAGUACUAAUUCAUUCAGUAAUAUUGAUAAAUACUUAGUGUAUUAUUCUACUGAACAUUUAUGAGUUUUGUGUACGUUUAUUAGCUUAGCAACAUGCUAACAUUAAACAAUUGAAAUCAAUUGGAAAAGCUAGUCAGUUUGUGUUGCUGCCUAUAUAGUGUGUUCAAAAUGCCUGUUUAGGCAGUACUGCAGCUCAGUAGGUUUUGGAACAGAGCUAAUAUCUGUCACGGUCUUCAGGUCUUGCCUUACAUUUGAGCUCUGGGUACUUCAGACUCUGCAGGGGAGGGAAAAGAGUUUUUUUGGGGAUUGUAAACAGUGAAGUUACUCUGCGUACUCUGAGUCAGCCCACAUGUGGAGAUGAUCGGCAGGCGGCUUUAGCUGCCGACCAGCAUGGUUUCCAUGCCGAUAACAUCAUAUUAUUUUGUCCAACCUGUCUGCAUCUGAGGAAAGAUAUCGAAGCAAGCAUUCAUGAUGCCCGUGUCUAUUCUUUUAAGUGGGUUUUGAAUGUUAGCUAUCCAAUUAGUUCUUGUAUGGCUGAGGUCGUUUCUCAGUGUAGAGAUAUUAAUUUUGCACAUUUUCUCAUCUUUGCACAUUCAUAUCAUGGUGAUGAUGGAAGUCAAUCAGUUAAAGAGUUUAUUGUGGAAAAGAGAGACGACUAUACAGUAACUAUAUAAAGAUAUAAGUGAGUUCAUAUACAAAUAUAUAUAUAUUGCAUAUUGAUGUAUCGACUCAUUGAGCACAAUCUGAUUAUAUGUUAGAUUAUAUGUUAAGCAUAUUAGAUUGUAUUUAUUUUUUAUUGUUAUGAAAGUAUUACGUAUUAAAGAUGUGGGAAAAGUGUUGCUAUGGGACUUAAAAAAAAAAAAAAGACCAAAUCACUGUUGAGGCAUAUAGUUCAUUUAGCUUCGUAAUUCGAUAGGCAUUCUCAAUGUAUUUUCAUGUAUUUGGUCAUGUGGAUUUGCACAGAGGUAUUGUAAAGAGUCCUAUAAGGAAAUGUGUCGGUUAAAGGCCUUAUUCUGUUAGUCAAUGUUCUGUUUUAAUUCUUUGUCCUGUUUUAUUUUAUACUAGGUUCCCACACUAACUGAGAACUUGAAAAUAUAAUUGAAAAUUUGUGUUUUCAAGCUUGACAUUUUUUUAUUUUAAUUUAUUUUACUUUGUGUUACUUUUGUUUACUAUUUUAUUUUAUUUUAUUUUAUUAUAUACUGGGUUCCACACACUCUUUGAGAACUUAGAAAUAUUAUUGAAAUUUUGUGUUUUCAAAUUUAAAAAAUGUUUCUAUUUUAUUUUUUAUUUUAUUUUAUUUUAUUUUAUUUUAUUCUUUAUGUUUUCAAGCUUGAAAAAUGUUUCUAUUUUUUAUUUUAUUUUAUUUUAUUUUAUACUACGUUUCCACACUCAUUAAGAGCUUGGAAAUAUUGAACAUUUGUGUUUUUAAGCUUGAAAAAUGUUUUUAUUUUAUUUUAUUUUAAACUGGGUUCCCACGCUUAUUGAGAACUUGGAAAUAUCAUUGAAAAUUUGUGUUUUCAAGCUUGAAAAAUGUUUUUAUUUUAUUUUAUACUGAAUUCCCACACUCCCACACUUGAUAUUAUAUUUUUUAGAGUCACAAAAUAUCUAAUUAACCUGAAAUUUCUCCUUGCAGCAAAAGGAUUUUAAAAAUCCAUUUCCAAUAAUCAGAAAUGACUUGAAAAGUCAUGAAAAUUUGCAUUGUGGAAACCCUAGUUUCCCCUCUCUCUUUAAUAUUCCUCUUUUCUUGCAUCUAUAAUUUUCCUUCCUUCGUUCUUUCUAUCUUUCUAUCGAUCAUGUAGACUCCUGGCAGGCCUUAAAUCGGGACGCAUGUGAAGUGAUGGAUUAUGCUUUAUUUCUUCCUUGUUUAUUUUGUGCGCUUAUGUCUUGAUGGGCAUGCUAAUAGUCUUUAAAAAUAUUGAAAAAUACAAACAAGCUUGAUAGAAUUUAGCCUACUUUGAAAGACUACUAUAUAAUGGUUCAUGAGACUAAAAACCAACGGUCAAAGCACAGAGAAACCAUCCUGAUCAUCAUCAAAAGAGAAAAAAAGAAAUUUUCAGUAUUUUGUCAUUUAUAAACCUGAAUAAUAUUUUUGAAAGUCUUUGAAAAUCAAUAUUUAUGACUAAAAUAUAUCAUAUUAAAAGAGUAUUAAUAUGUAAACGGACAUUCCUCCAUAUUUAAAUAUUCAGUAUGUAGUCCAGUAAGAGGCAAACAUCAUUGGUAGACGCUCCCUUUCCCACUGUGCAAAGACCAACUGGGAAUUUGUUUUUUAAUUUUCAGUUUUGCAGAUUUCUUGGACUACGCAUUCAUAAAACACUAAGUUGGAAAAUAAGUGUUGCAUUUACAGUCAGUUGAUUAACUAACAUGGUGCUACUCAACAUGUGUGUGUGAAUGAGUGACUGUAUGAAACCAUCAAAACCUUACAGCACUGACCUGAACUAAAUCACAAUUAUAGCAAUUACAAUGUGCAAGUUCUGAGAUGAAGUGAAUGCAGUGUGUGUGUGUGUGUGUGUGCGCGCAAUAGUAUACCUCCCCCUGUCCCUAUGUCGGUGCCAUAGAGGAUGUAAUAGGAAUGUAAACAAUCUUACAGAAAGUUCAUAUUUCAUUUCAUGUAAACUACCUGAAAGUUAAAAACAUUAUCAUCUUUUUUGUUGAAGAUGCUAACACAAUCUUUGUGAUCCUAUUAUUGAGGGAUAUGUAUAUUUCUCUCAUUCUGUCUUAUUUCUUUCUCGCUUGGUCUCUGCAAACUGCAUCCCAGUAUUUGAUGUUUAAUGUCUCUAUAUUGUUGUGUAAAUUAAAUAAUAAACAAUGU